AUGAAUAAGCAAGUGUGUAAAAAGUUCCAGGAUAUAACUGAGAAUUUAGAAUAUGAUUCGAUUAAUAAAAAAUUAAAAUUUAAAGAUGAUGAUAUAUUCAAAGAGUACUGUACUGGUGAAAAAUCUGAUGACAAUAGAGAUAUAAAAUGUGAUGAGGAUACCGAUAAAAUUAAUGUUGCAUGUUUAUUUUUGUUUGAUAAACUUUUUGGGAGUUAUGAAUCGUUUAAUUCUGUUGCCAAAAAAAACACCAAUAUUGUUGAUUACAUUUUGAUAUGGUUAAGGUAUAUGUUAAACUUUAACAAAAUUCAAGAAAACGACACUAUAAAGCAUUUUUAUGAAAUAUAUAUAAAUAGUGGUAAGAAGUAUAAUCAGAAAAUAAAUGAGGUUACUGUUUAUCAGAGUUAUAAGGAUCUUAUAGAUAAAAAACAAAAUUUGAUGAGUAUUGGUAUUAUAGAUAUUUCUAAAUUUUUUCAUGCAUUUGUAUUAUUAUGUGAUAUGUAUAUUGAGGUUAAUGAAGAAAGCUCAAAUUGCAAUAUAAUUUCGAACCUAGCUAAAGAUUUUGCUAUAAAAUAUGAUGAACUUAAUGAAGAUUAUAAUAAUGGUAAAGACGGCCCCUAUAAUCAAUUAUUAUCUACAUUAUCAAAUGAUUAUUGUAAUUUAAAAAAUAAAUGUAAUCAAUUUCCAACUCUUCCAACAUAUUCACGAAGAUUCGUAAUAAAAAGGACACUAAUUCCAAUUGCAUUUAUGAUUGUUGCAUUAUCAAUUUUCUUGGGAAUUGAAUAUAAGUAUUCGUCAAUUGGAUUUCGGAAACGAUCUCAAAAACAAUGUUUAAGAGAAAAAAUAAAAAAUAUAAUGAAGAAAAUGAUUCAUUAA